UCGCAUUCCCCAGACUCUCGUCCUCGCUCGAGACUGCCUCAAACGAGAGUCUGGUCAGAUUGCUAUUUGAAUUUUGUGAUACCAAAACGAGGCUUACCGAAAAAUCGGUAAAGUUUUUCAUUGGCUGACAGCUACACACCCACAAAAUAAAGAAAACAAACAAAAUGGCGACUGAGAGAAAGUUUCAAGAAGCUCUGGAGUUCACGCUUGUGCAAAGAAACAUCGAUUUCCAACUGAAAGAUUUGCAGCUCGCUAUUCUGAAGGAUGUCGUUAUGAGUAAGAAAGACGUUUUAGCAGUGUUACCGACAGGAUAUGGGAAAACUAUCAUCUAUUCGCUUAUACCAACUCUGGUGGAUGCAUAUGAAAGCAAAACUGACAGUAUUGUUAUCGUUGUUUCCCCACUGGUUGCUCUGAUGGAAGACCAGGUUGUCAAUAUUGAAGCUAGUGGGAUCCGCUGUGUAUACGCAAGUAAACAGCAAACAAGAGAAACUGAUACAGAGCUGAAAAAUGGAACAGUCUCGAUUUUGAUGAUGAGCCCAGAAGCCCUUUUCCACCGGUCCACCUAA